CACGUGAUCAGCGGUGUCCAAUGACACGCUGAUCAGAGGGAAAUGCAAGUGCCGGUUCUCGGCUGCACUUUCCUCACGCUGUCAGAUCGUGAGGAAAGUACUGCCGAGAACCGGCAGUUGUCAGAGCGGGGAUCGGCACCGAUCACCAGGGCACUGAUAAUCAGUGCCCUGAUGAUCGGUGCCCAGCAGUGCCACCCGCAAUUGCCGGUUAUUGGCUGCACUUUCCUUACACUGUUGUAGCGUGAGGAAAGUACUGUGGAGAACCGGCAAUUGU